GAGAGACUUCUCAGUGUAAUUCAGAAUGAUUGAGGAGAGUGGGAAGAGGAGGAGGACAAUGGCAGAGAAGAGACAGCUGUUCAUGGAAAUGAGAGCACAGAAUUUUGAUGUCAUCAGACUUUCAACGUAUCGAACAGCCUGUAAACUGCGGUUUGUACAAAAAAGAUGUAAUCUUCAUCUUGUUGAUAUCUGGAAUAUGAUUGAAGCCUUCCGAGAUAAUGGCCUUAACACUUUGGAUCAUAACACAGAGAUCAACGUGUCUCGACUAGAAACAAUCAUUUCAUCCAUCUACUACCAGCUAAACAAACGCCUUCCUUCUACUCACCAAAUCAGUGUAGAGCAAUCCAUCAGCCUCCUCCUCAACUUCAUGAUAGCAGCAUAUGACAGUGAGGGCCACGGGAAGUUGACGGUAUUUUCAGUGAAAGCUAUGUUAGCAACAAUGUGUGGCGGUAAAAUACUGGACAAACUAAGAUAUAUUUUCUCUCAAAUAUCAGAUUCAAAUGGACUAAUGAUAUUUACAAAGUUUGAUCAGUUUUUGAAAGAAGUUCUAAAACUUCCAACAGCUGUGUUUGAGGGGCCUUCUUUUGGAUACACAGAGCAUUCUGUUCGGACCUGUUUCCCACAACAAAAAAAGAUCAUGCUAAACAUGUUUUUAGACACAUUGAUGGCUGAUCCACCUCCUCAGUGCCUUGUGUGGCUGCCUCUCAUGCACAGACUUGCCCAUGUUGAAAAUGUCUUCCAUCCCGUGGAAUGUUCGUAUUGCCGGUGUGAGAGCAUGAUGGGUUUCCGGUACCGAUGCCAGCAGUGCCACAACUACCAGCUCUGUCAAAACUGUUUUUGGCGUGGCCAUGCAAAUGGUCCUCAUAGCAACCAGCAUCAGAUGAAGGAGCAUUCCUCUUGGAAAUCACCUGCAAAGAAGCUGAGCCAUGCAAUUAGUAAAUCUCUUGGUUGCGUACCAAGUAGAGAACCACCUCGUCCUGUAUUUCCUGAGCAGCCAGAAAAGCCACUUGAUCUUGCACAUAUAGUUCCUCCUCGGCCUCUGACUAACAUGAAUGACACCAUGGUGACCCACAUGUCCUCUGGAGCACCUACACCAACAAAAAGGUUACAUUGCAACCUGGAUACCGCCAGCCGAUUAGCUGACGAGCAUGCACUGAUAGCAACCUAUGUGAACCGGCUGCAGAGUGGUGCACGUGUCCUGGACAGCCCCGGCAGGCUGGACGAGGAGCACAGGCUGAUUGCCAGAUACGCCGCCCGGCUGGCUGCCGAAGCUGGAAAUGCACCUCGCCCACCAACAGACCUGGGUUUCAGCUUUGAUGCCAAUAAACAACAAAGACAGCUGAUAGCGGAGCUGGAAAACAAAAACAGAGAGAUACUCCAAGAAAUUCAGCGUCUCAGGCUGGAACAUGAACAAGCCUCUCAACCCACCCCUGAGAAAGCCCAGCAGAACCCAACUUUAUUGGCUGAACUCCGGCUUCUACGACAGAGAAAGGAUGAAUUGGAACAGAGGAUGUCUGCACUUCAGGAAAGCAGAAGAGAGCUGAUGGUGCAGCUCGAAGGGCUGAUGAAACUGCUCAAAGAAGAAGAGCAAAAGCAGGCAGCGCAAGCAGCAGGCUCGGCACACUCCUCGCCCACCCACGGAGCCAGCCGCCCCAUGCCCAUGCCCGUCAGAUCCACCUCCGCCGGCUCUACCCCAACUCACGUCCCGCAGGACUCACUUGCAGGUGUCGGGGGAGACGUGCAGGAAGCUUUCACACAAGGUACGAGGAGGAACCUCCGCAACGACCUGCUGGUAGCAGCCGAUUCCAUCACCAACACCAUGUCAUCGCUGGUGAAGGAACUUCAUUCAGCAGAGGAAGAAGAUGAAGAAGAAACAGAAAAAAUGCAGAACGGAAAGGACCGAGGUUAGACGGACGACCGCAGGCUGUACAGUAAUUCAGG